UACUAUUGAUUUACGUGUAAUUAAACUUAUUUUUAUUUAAUUUUAAUUAACCACUAACGUUGAAAAAUGUUACAAAGUAUAAACGAUAUAAAAAGCAAUAGUAGUGAUAUCUGUUUUCAAGUUGUAAAUGUUUUAUUAAAACUUAUAAAUGAUAUCAUAAAUUAUCCUCAUCAACAGAAAUUCAGGAGAAUAUUCUUGGACAGUGACAUCAUUCAAAAUAAUCUUUUACCAUUUGCUGGUGCCAUGGAAUUUCUUUUUGAAAUUGGGUUUAUUUCCGAUGAAAAUUCUUUAGUGUUACCUCAAUCUAUAAGCUCAAGUUCACUAAUUAGCCAUAAACAAGAAUUAUUAAACAUUAUUUCAAAAGAAAAAAGAUUAAAAUUUACUGAAAAUAAUUUCUUAAAAGAAAUUAGUUUAAAGUCUCGAGAUGUACUUAACUUUGAAGAUAAAAUAUUACAAAAUAAAGCUUUGGAAAAGUUAACUCCAGAAAGUAUCGAGUUAUUUUUAAAUUUUAACAAAAGUACAGAAUUAUUUUAUCAUGAACAAAUGAUGUUGAAAUUGAUGAAAUGGUUUAAAGAAGAAUUUUUUGAAUGGGUUGAUACACCUACCUGCCAAUCUUGUUGUAAUACUACUAAAUUUAAAGGAAUAAAUCAUGAAAUCAAGGAAAAAAAUGUUAGGUAUGCUGAAAUCUACGAAUGUGAAAAUUGUCAUUUAAUUACUGAUUUUAAGAGAUAUGGUAUCUGUGAACAACUAUUAAUUGUUCGUAAGGGUAGAUGUGGUGAAUGGGCUUAUUGUUUCACUCUUUUCUGUCGAGCACUUGGCUGGGAAGCAAGAUUGGUAGUUGACCAAACUGAUCAUGUGUGGACAGAAGUUUGGUCAGUUCAACAAAAGCGAUGGAUUCAUUGUGAUCCUUGUGAAACUGCUCUAGAUAAACCAUUACUAUACGAAAAAGGGUGGGGCAAAAAGUUAUCAUAUAUUUUAGCUUAUUCUAAUGAAGAAGUUCAAGAUGUUACCUGGCGCUAUACUAGUAACAGUGAUGAUAUUUUAAAAAGAAGAACACUUUGUACAGAAAAUGAAUUGUUAAAUACUAUUUUAAGUUUAUCACAACAAAGACAAAAUAAUUUAUCAUUAAUAAGAUCUAAGUAUCUUGCAGAAAGACGUUUAAAAGAAUGUAUUGAACUUUUAUUUGGUUGUAAAAUUACUAAUAACGAAAAUUAUGGAGGCAGAACUUCUGGUGCUCUUACUUGGAGAUUAGCUCGUGGAGAAACACAAAUAAACCAAUUUAUUUGGACUCCAACUAAAAGUGAAAUUGCGAAAAAAAAAUUUGAACUUAAGUAUUCUACAGCUAUGGAUAAAUAUAUUCAUGAUAAUAGCAUUUGUGAAGGUUGGCAAAAUGGUGUUUAUAGUUAUAGUUCAUUGUUCCGAAAAGAAGAAUUAGAUUGGAAAAGAGUAUAUCUAUGUAGAGAAGAAAACUGUAAAAAAUCAACAGUAGAAUGGAAGUUUGAUUUCACUUCAACUGAUUUAAUUGUACGGAGAAUAUCAUUAAUUUGUACUUCAACUUUAUUUAGCAAUGGUCAAAUUGAAUGGAAAUUAAUUGGAAAUGACUUUACUAUGAAUUUGCCUGUUAUCGAAAACAUUCAAGAAGUGAUUAUUGAUCAAAUGGAUGGUGCUAAUUUUGUUACAUUAAGUGCAUGUUUAUUUGGUGGAUCUGGUGAUUUAGCUUGGCAACACUCUCAAAUAUUUAGGCAGUCAAUACAUGAUCAAGAAUAUCCAUUUCAAAUUACUUUUAUUCUUAAAAACAAAAAAUUAUAAACUUUGUAUUAAGUUUUUAUAACAAAAAAUAUA